GCCUCACACUGGGCGGCCACCAACACCACCUCAUCUAUACACCUCCCACAGUAGGCUGACGGGACUCCUUUAGCUCCUACUAAAUUUAAUAUAUUAGUGAGUUAACUUGGAUAUACACCAUGGCUGAUGAAGACCUAGUGAGUAUACAGGCUGAUAUCUUUGAUCCCAGUCUAAAGAAAAAGAAAAAGAAGAAGACUGGGUUUAAUCUUGAUGCAGCUCUGGCUGAUGGCAGUGGAACUCCUCCUGUAGAGUCAGCACCCACCCCAGAAAAUGGAGAAGUGCAAGAAGUCAAGGAAAGCACGCCAGAAAUGGAUGAUAUGGAGAUGUUUGGAAAGAAGAAGAGCAAGAAGAAGAAGAUGAAACCUUUCAAUUUAGAUGAAUUAAGUGAAGCUCUGCCAGACUCAAAGGACAGUGGAGUGGUGUCGGGUGAGGACCGGGAACCAGCGACGGCCCAGCCAGUUGAAAUGGAUGACUUUGAUCUUGACAUGGACUUCAGUAAAGCCAAGAAGAAAAGAAGUAAAAAGAAGAAGGAACUCGUUGAACUUAUUGCAAAGGAAGAAAAUGUAUUGGACAGUGACGACAGAGAAUUAGAUCUGGAAACCGAUACAAGUCGGGAGCCGGGCCUGGUAAAUAUUGAGGAGGAGUCAGUUGUGUGCGAGGAAAUAAGGGAGUCUGGAGAUGGAUGGGUGGGCAGCGAACGUGAUUACACCUACGAUGAGUUGUUGGAACGUGCAUUUAACCAGCUUCGUGAAAAGAACCCCGAGAUGGCCACCGGCGAAAAGAAGAAGUUUGUCAUGAAACCACCUCAGGUUGUCAGGAUUGGGUCAAAGAAAACCGCUUUUGCCAACUUUGCAGAGAUAUGUCGGCUUCUUCACAGAAUGCCCAAACACGUAUUGCAGUUUCUUCUGGCCGAGUUGGGUACAUCAGGAAGUAUUGAUGGUAGUAAUCAAUUGAUCAUCAAGGGAAGAUUCCAGCAAAAACAAAUAGAAAAUGUGCUUAGGAGAUACAUCAAGGAGUAUGUCACUUGCCACACAUGUCGAUCUCCUGACACUAUCCUCCAGAAAGAUGCCCGCCUCUACUUCCUACAGUGCGAACAGUGUAAUUCUCGAUGUUCUGUCGCUCCCAUUAAGUCUGGUUUCCAGGCUGUGGCCAACAAGCAGCAGAGACAGGCCAUCAGAGCAAGCAAAAAUUAGGUAACAGCACAUUUAGUAUAAUAAUCUUUUUUUUAUUUGUAAAAUACAUUGACACAUUUUUGUAUUAUAAGCAGAAUCUUAUCAGAUAUAUUAAUAUGACUUCUCAUCCAGACGUGCAUAUUACAAUACGUGUAUUUAUCUGUUGGCAGAGAGAGAGUUUUGUAUCAAUAACAUAUUUCAGGUUUAUGGUAUCAAUUUAAUUUUCCAACUAGUUAAGCAUAAGUUACAUUUGAUCUGAGAACAGCGUGAGGGAUGAGUUAGGUGCCUCUGCGUCAGAGCCUCUCUACUAAUGUUUUUAAACGUCUUCGCGUAUUUUUAAGUCUGGUAAAAGAGUGCGGUACGGUACACGUGUUUAGGCCAGGAGUUAUUGUUAGAGGUAUAUCUUUUGUCAGGUACGGUACACUAGUUAGUUAAGAUUUGGUUUAAUUUUUAUAGUUUUGAAGACAUUUUUUUAUAAAAUAUUGUUGAUAUACCUUCAUAUAUCCCUUAUAAGAGGUUUUAAUGUGUGUUUUGUUGCCUAAUGUAAUGUAAUUUAUAAAUGAGUUGGGUUGGCUAUUAUUAUUAUUGAAAUAUUCAGCUGUGUAUCACAACUGUUUAUUAUUUCUUGAUUUCUAAGAGAAUGGUUUUGUUAAGACAUUCAUAAAAAAUUUAGUAUGGUAUGUUAAAUAUUUCUUGCCUUAAUCUCAGAUGACAUAAACUGAAGACCUAUGAGAACUAUACUGGCAUUAUUGUUUGUAUGUGUUCUUUGUUUUUUGUCUUAUUAAUUGUAUUUCAACAUCUUCAACAGGAGUAAUCCAUCAAUGGUUCUUCAUAGAUUUUGAGUUUUAGGCAAAUGGAUUUCUGAAUAACAACUUAUUAUGUAAAUUAUUUUUCUCGGUGUUCAUUACCUUCACCAGAUUUAAAGUUAAUAUCAGUUCCAUAUUGUGUCAUAUUAAUACUAAGAUAGACAGUCUAUCUUGUUAUACUCAUUGUUUAUUGGAAAUUAUUAUCUAGAAUAAAUUGCUGCUACUAAAUUCA